AUGGAGGCCACCGCGCUUGUGCUCCUUCCUCAAGGUGGGCUCACGGUGGGAGCACCUCCCUGCUCGCGUGAAAGAGGCGUGUCCUGCGUAAUGAAGAAGAGCUACGGGAGGAGGAUCAAGCGCUGCUCCACCGUGCGAUCGGUCAUGGUGAGGCCACAAGAGGUAACGCUAGCGCCGAUACCAGCGCCCCCAGCGCCGGUGAGAGAGACGGUCGCAGGGACGACGGCGACGACAGUGUACCACGACACCUGGUUCGACAACCUGGCCAUCGGAUACCUGUCCAGGCAACUUCAGGCUGCUUCUGGGUUAAAGAAUGCAAAGCCUGGCUACGAGGGCUUGAUAGAGGCUGCUGUGGCAAUCUCCAGAGUCUUCAGGCUUGAAACACAGGGCGGGAUUGUGGCCAAAGCUCUCGAACAAGCAAUGCCAAGUUAUAUCGUCACAAUGAUAAAGGUGAUGAUGCCGCCUUCAAAAUUUUCCAGGGAGUACUUUGCUGCCUUCACCACGAUAUUCUUCCCUUGGCUUGUUGGACCGUGUGAGGUAAAGGAAUCUGAAGUCAAUGGAACAAGAGAGAAGAAUGUGGUGUUUAUCCCCAAAUGCAGAUUUCUGGAAAGCACCAACUGUGUCGGUAUGUGCACGAAUCUUUGCAAGAUUCCAUCCCAGAAGUUUAUGCAAGAAUCGCUUGGAGUUUCUGUCUACAUGUCACCCAAUUUUGAAGACAUGAGCUGCGAGAUGAUCUUUGGACAGCAACCUCCUGAAGAUGACCCAGCACUGAAGCAGCCCUGCUUCCGCACAAAAUGUAUUGCAAAGCAGACCUAUGGUGUGAAUUGCUAGCAUAUCUGGUCAGAAGGAAAUUAUUAAUGAUUAAACACCCCCUAGUUAUCAGUGAAACGCCUACAGCUCCAUGUCCUUCAUUCUGAUUCCUUAGGGAAGCAGCACUAGAUCCAUAGUUGUAUUUUUUUAGAGAAACUUGCAGAAAGCAUUUUAAUACAUACAAUUACUGUGUCAGA